AUGACUGAAGAGCUGCGCAGCUCUUUUGCUGCUCAAGCCAAAGCAGCAGCAGAAGAGUGCAAAGUCCACAUUCGCCGGGUCCGGCAGGAAGCGCGGGGGAAGCUGCGGGCUCUUUAUAAAGACAGCAGCAGCAGCGAAGGCUCCAAAAGAGAUGAAGAGCAGCAGCUGCAGCAAAUAACAGACGCAGCAACAAAGCAGGCGACGCAGCUCUUGAGCGAGAAGCUCAAGCAGCUCGCGGCCACCCGCGCCUAG